AUGGAACCGAUAAUCCUAGUCCAUGGAGGUGCGGGCGAUAUUCCCGAUUCCAGAGUCCAGCCCAAAAUCGAUGGGAAUAAACGGUCAGUAGCGGCGGGAUACGAGAUUUUACGACGCGGGGGAAGUGCUUUGGAUGCUGUAGAGGCUGCUGUAAGGGUUAUGGAAGAUGAUGAGGCUUUUAAUGCAGAAAAAAAUGCCACCACUGCGGAAAAAAUUAGUUUCUUGUCUGUCCACCCAAUCCAGUCGUCUGGUGAUAAAAAAACAGCUUGCCUUUUGAUGGAAGUCGAGUUUACUAUGAAAAGCUACCAACAGGAACCCUAA